CCGGCCGUGGAACGAACCAAUUCCGUGCCCUAGGACUUGAGACCCACCGCGUGACUGGGUGGUCCUGCGAGCCCUCGCCGUAAGCGACACUGCUGAGCCAUCAUUGUUGCUAGGGAAGCUCGACGGCUCACUGAUCGCGGCACCGAUGGCGUCCCUGCUACCAACAUUGCUCCUGGUCGGAGCCACCGUCUCGCCGGCGCACGCGAGCAUCGCGGCGUGGUGGAACGGCUACGGCACCCAGGUCAUGCUGCUGAACUCGACCACCAACCAGAUCCGCUACAGCACCUGCAACAGCCAGGACGAACCCAGGUACUCCUAUACGGACGGCAGCGUGCUGUCACUCUCCCACAAACCCAAGCCCGGCACUCCGCUGGCCGGAACCGGAUGGUGGGAUGAGUCCAAGACCAUCGCUUCCAUGUUCUACAUCGACAACCAAGGCGACAUCAUCAACGCCCUGUUCAACUGCAACAUGAGCACUGGCCUUUUCCAAAACCAGGGCGAGUGGCCCAUCAGCACCAACGUGCCUUCUAUUCAUGCCAAUUCCGGUCUAGCAGCGGUUCUGCUAGGCGACACGGCCGGCUACCGUGUCUACUUUCACGACAACGAUAGCGCCAUCAAUGAGCUCGGGUACACCACCGCGGACGGCUGGAACUAUCGCGGCGUCAUCUCCCACGAUAUCAAUUCCCUGCCGGGCCUCGGCGCCGCCUUCAGUGGCACCGACAACAUCACAGUUGUGUCUCCGCGCGACAGCCAGAAUAUUGCCACGACGCGGCUGAACGCAGAUUCCACCUGGUUUAGAUCGACCCUGCCACAUCCGCUCCAGGGAAACCCGACCACAGCCGACACGAAUAGGAGCGAUAUAGCCAUCAAUGAGACGGCCUCCGCCAACUUCAGCCUGCCCGCCUGGGACGGCACGACCAAAGGCAUCGGAAUCAGCAUUGACAAAGCAUUCACGCGGUUCGUGUGGUACAUUGGCAACGACGGCAAUCUCUACUCGGUCGCGAAUCAGAAUUACAUUUGGGCUCUCCGAGCCAACCAAUCCAGCGCCUUCUGGCCCAAGGCAGAUGACCCGAAUGCCGAACUCGCCGUCGCCUACGACCAGAAGAGCAGUACGGUGCGCAUCUACUACAUGGUGAAGGACCGGCUCAGCGAAGUCCUCUACCAGGACGGCGUUUGGAAGGCGUGGUCCACCGUCGCGGCCCCUCCGCCUCAGGCGACGGUCUCCUCUACAACGAACUCUACGAGCUCGGCAGACGCUUCCACAGACGGCAGCGGGCUGUCUACUGGUGCGAAGGCGGGCAUCGGUGUCGGCGUCUCGCUCGGCGCCAUCUCUCUGGGUGCCAUCAUUGCUGUCAUUGUCCUCGUGCGAAGGAAGAAAAAUCAGGGAUUUGAACAGGCAGACGAGGGAUCCACGACCCUCGGACCGGGCACGCCCGCCCCGUCGUAUGGGUCCCCAGCCGCUGCGCGGGCCUCGGCCGUGCCACACGAUCAGUACGCAUGGGAGAAAUCUCGCGCUGCGAUCACCCCACAGCCAGAGCAGCAGCACAUACACCAGCUCGACAGCGUGACAGCGCCCACGGAGCUGGACGCGGUACAGCCCAUUUAUGAGCUGCCGGAUCAGUCGUAUUCUCACGAAUUGGUGGCCGAACCACCACGGCCGAGGCAGUGAUGCCGUCGAUUUCAGCGAAGAGGCUGGCAAGAUGGGAUGCGGGGACAGCAGCAACAGUCGAUAUUCUACCGUUAAGAGAAUGAAUGGACGGUUUUGAUGACGGAAAACGGGGUUGGAUACCCGAAAUGUCUUUCCGGGAUCU